AAUGGCGACGGCUUCUCCCAGAAGCCGAACCACGUUAAAAGAGCCCUUUUGAAUCUUGUUUCCCAUGUCCAAUUGUAUCGUCUUUUAUGUUUAUGUUUAUAUUUAUGUUUAUGUUUUUUCAUCAUCAUGAUCAUCAUAUCAUAUCAUCACCAUCAUCACCAUCAUCUGCAGCAGCAGCAUCAGCAUCAUUCAUUCCACCACCCAUAUAAUCCCCCUCCCUGCGACGUAAAACCCUCCACUUCCCCUUCCCAAAUCCCAACAGCGAUACAAAACACACACACGCGCUCAUAAAUUAACGUAGAUCGAGAGUGGGGGGAGUGUUGCUUAAUUGUUGAGAGUCACAUGAAGUCUACGAAACUCGUCGCCGACUCCCACACCUUCCCCACCAAACUCGGCGCCGACUCCUCCUCCCCUCCGCACCACCACCACCACCACUACCACCAUCACCACCAAACCACCUCUCCUUUCCCCUCCACUACCUUUUACUACGAGCCCACCUCCGUCCUCGACCCCCACCUCACCUCCUCCCCCUCCUCCGCCGCCGCCGCCGCCGGAGACCUCCACCGCCUCGCCGCUCCGCCGCCGCCGCAGCAGCAGCAGCAGCAGCAGCAGCAGCACCCCGACUCCAACUCCGCCGCCGCAGCCGCGGCGGAGUGGGACCCUCUCUCUUCGUGGAUCCUCUCCGAGCGCGACCUCGCCCUCGACCUCCCCCAAUUCCAAUCCCAAUUCACAUCCUUCGACCCCUCCCCCUUCUCCGACCCCUUCGAAACCCUAACCACUCCUCCUUUCGAUCGCCCCCACCUCGAGCUGCUCCUCAGCGCCGCCGACUCGCUGGAGUCGGGCGACCCCCACUCGGCCGACCUCGCGCUGGCGCGGCUCAACCCCCACCUCGCCGCCCCGCUCGGCCCCCCGCUCCAGCGCGCCGCGUUCUACUUCAAGGAGGCUCUUUUAUCCCUCCUCCACGGCGCCCCCCACGCGGCGGCGGCGCCGCCGCCGAUGAUCUCCGCCGCCGAGGUCGUCCGCCGCAUCGGCGCCCACAAGGCCUUCUCCGACCUCUCCCCCGUCCCCCAGUUCGCGAGCUUCACCGCCAACCAAACCCUGCUCGAGGCCUUCGACGCCGCGGGCUCGGCGGCGUCGGUGCACGUCGUCGACUUCGACCUCGGCCUCGGGGGCCAGUGGUCCUCCUUCGCCCACGAGGUCGCCGCGCGCCGCGCCCCGCAGCCCCCGGCGAUCCGCGUCACCGCCGUGGUCGCCGAGGAGACCCCCGAGGCCGCGCUCGCCGCCGAGAACCUCAGCGACUUCGCGCGCGGCCUCGGCCUCCGCCUCUCCGUCGACCUCGUGCGCCUCGGCGGUGCGGUUCCUCCGCCGCGCGGCGCCUCGCGCGGCGGUGCUCGUGGACGCCGAGGGCUACGGCGGCGGAGCGGGGUCGCUGAGGCGCGCGGUGGAGGGGGGUGUUGAGUACUACGCGGCGGUGCUCGAGGCGGCGGAGGCGGCGGCGGCGGCGGGGGCGGGGG